AUGGACGUCCCCGGCAUCGCCUUGAUCACAGGCGCCGCCUCAGGCAUCGGAAGAGCAUGCGCGAACGCCUUCGCCAACGACGGUUCCUCCGGCCUUGCCCUCCUCGAUUUAAACCAAGAAGCUCUAGAAGCAGUCAAGGCCGAAAUUGAAGAAAAGCAAAAACAAAAAGGCGUGACAAAACCCAUCCGCAUCGAAGUCUUCACAAUCAACAUCGCCGACGAAGCCCGCGUCAACGAAGUAGUCGAGCAAGUCGCUACAACAUUCGGUCGCAUCGACUACCUGGUCAACGCAGCCGGCAUUGCGAUGAAACAUCAAGGCGGUGCAGCGUUCUGCGAGACGAGCGACUGGGACCGCAUCCUCAACAUCAAUCUAUCAGGAACAUUUUUCAUGCUUCGCGCCGCAGCCAGAAUCAUGCUCAAGCAAGAACCUAUUUUAUCCGCCAUUGAUGGGCGGCCUGUUCAGCGGGGAUCGAUUAUCAAUUUCUCUUCCAUUCAGGGUGUUGUGGGGAUUCCGCUUUCGACGGCGUAUACGACGAGCAAGCAUGCUGUUAUUGGGUUGACGAAGACUGCUUCGGAUGAUUAUGCGAAUCAGGGUUUGAGGAUUAAUGCUAUCUGUCCUGGGUAUACAGAGACCCCGUUGACGACUAAGUCGCCGCAGAUUUUGCAAGCUAUGGUCGAGCGGGUGGGGGCUAUGGUGCCUAUGGAGCGCAUGGGGAGACCGGAGGAGAUUGCUGAUGGUGUUGUUUAUCUGGCUGGUGGGCGGAGUUCUUUUGUUACUGGGUCUUCAUUGAUGGUUGAUGGUGGUUAUACUGCGCGGUAG